UGAACAAAGUAUCAUGUUCAUAAAGUUAUUAGAUUCCAUGCACGGCCAAAUACAACUCUAAUUGUGGGUUUAAGAAAUUCACUGAACACCUUCUUCAGCAUCGAAUUGAACAAAUGUCAAACAAUUUAACUGCAGCUAAAGAUCCUUUGGAAUAAAUUGGAUAUUACGAGGAAUCGAAAAGUUUUUUUUGUUAAAAUAUUUCGGUAAUACAAAGCAGACAUGUCAAAAGUGGAAGUGGAUCCGAAUUUGCCCAUUAUGGAGCAAAUUAGAAACCUCAUUAAACCACCUCCAUCUGAAGAAGAAAAAAUAACAUUGCGCCCAGUGAAUACGAAACAUCCAUAUUACAAACGACCAGGUCGAGGUCACAAUCAUGAUCUUUGUGAUGCCUGUGAGGAAGGUGGAGAUCUGCUGUGCUGUGAUCGCUGUCCUUCUAGUUUCCAUUUGCAGUGCCAUGAUCCACCACUUACAGAGGAAGAUAUACCAAGCGGCCAAUGGCUAUGUCAUAACUGCCGCAUGACUCUUAAACCUACUCCAUCUUCCAAAUCAAGCUCUGUUGAACGUAAUGCUUCUGGCGUGGCAGUAUCUGUACGUGCAGAAAGUUCACGACCAAGUACUCCGUCAGUUUCGGUUGAGACGGAAUCGGCACCGUUUAAGUUCCGUAAUUUACGAAAACGCAGCAGUAGUCGGGCAUCGUUUUGUAGCGAUCUUAGCAGUACUGAAAAAUAUUUAUCGAAAUUACCAGUAGGAAUACAAAGAGCACUAGACCCUAAUAAAAAACCCACACCGCUGGAUGAAUUGAUAAAAGCAGCUAGUAUAUUAAAUCCAAAACAAUUCGAGUUACCGCGAGAGUUAGAAAUACACUCUCAGUUUCCUGGCAAUGAUAAAGUUGAGCCUAUACGAAAAAAUGGAAAUGGGAAUAAAAAACCAAGUAAUGUACGUCGAAAUUCUAAGCCAUACGAGCUAGACUCACAGGGUCUCGUGCCAUUACCCGCAAAAACUUGUUUUUACUGCCGCAAAUCUUGUAAAAAAGCGCCUCUCGUUGCGUGUGACUACUGUCCUUUAUACUUUCAUCAAGAUUGCUUGAAUCCACCGAUGACCGCCUUACCAACUGGUCUCUGGAUGUGUCCCAACCAUGUAGAAAACUUCAUUGAUAAUCAUCUCGUAACCAGUAUUUCAGCUACGGAGCGCGUUCGCUUGUGGGAUAAGUUCUCACAGCCUUUCGAUCACGAAUCAGUGAAAAUGGAAUUCUUCAGACGCGUACACAUGCGUAAUCCACCCUUCCGUAUCAAAGUGCCAAUAAAAACUCGAGAAACAAUUGAAAUUCCUCCGAUGGUGAAAUAUCACUACGAAAAUCCCCCACCUCUUUUGCCAUCAUUGCGUGAAACUUUGCGUUAUGACAUAGUCAAACGACGCAAAUGUCUGCCUAGUUCACCUGAAAUAAUAUCUAAAGAAAGCGUGGCUGAAUCGGUUUUUAAGGAUUUAGAAGCACUUCAAAGCGCCAAAGCUAAAUUUCGUGAAAUUCAAAAAGAACUGGGUCAAAUAGCUGACUUAAGCAGUAGUGAAGAGGAAGAAGAUAAUACUGAAGAAAUCUCUGAGGAUAACAAACCUCAAGAGGAAGGAUCGAAAACUGACAAUGAUGUUACUGAUAAAGAGAAAACAGAAGAGGAUGAUAAAAAUAAGAAGGCAAAGAGCAGUAAAAAGCGUAGCAAACGGGGGGAAUCUACAAAAAGCAGCGUUUCGGAAGUGCAUAUAAAAUGUGAGGAGGAAGUGAAAAUCGAUCAUGAUGCAGAAAAAUCACCUACAAGUCAAGUUCAAGAAGAAGAUAUGGAUAAGAUCAAAAUCAAAGACGACGAAGAAACUGACGAUGAUACUAAAUAUAAUGCCGAAAUAGAUGCAGAACUUCGUUAUUUAGAUGUGGAUUUGAUAAAGAAAUUAGCAUUUCAACGGGUGCAACAACUUGUACAGGAACACCCAGAGAUUGUGGUGCAAUACCAAAAUCGCACGGCAGCAAAACGUAUACGUGAACUCACAAAGCCCGAUGCACAACAAAUAUUGCCAUCGCAAAUACUUUCACCAGAAGAUGUACGGCGUCUCUCGAUAAUGUUUACAGGCGAAACAUCGUCGAUCUUAGCACAACAUCAAACCGCUAGCGAUGACGAUUUACCGCAGCUACACCCGGCAUUGGCCACUGCUGCUGCUAUUGUUGCUGCCGACGAAGAAGAGCAAAAGUACAAACCACGUAUUCGCACCGACACGGAAAAAGCGUACGAAAUAGCAACCCGGCUUGAACUGAAGUUGAUGCGGUGUAAAGUGCGCGCUCGCGCUGUACUAACUCCGUUAGGCGAUAUACUUGAAGACAAUCGAUGGUUCAGUAAUGUGGAGUUACAUUCGUCAUUUUUUAUGCGUUAUCGAAAUCUGCACAUUGGGUCUGGUCAAGCUUCUGUUGAUGUGAAUCUUUCCUUCAUCGGACAUUGUUGCCGCAUUUCGCCCAAACACGCAACAAUUUUUUAUGAUGACUUCACAAAAACCUACGAACUUAUCAACUAUUCGGAAUAUGGCACCGAAGUUAACGGACAACUGUAUUCAUGCGAUUUCACUGACCAUGGCCCCACGCCUGCAAAAAAACUUAAAAAUGAAGACAUCGAACUGCAAAAACGUGUUCAAGAGAUUUUGGAUAAACGGCGUGGAAUACAACGGCAGCAUUACAUAUUAGAUAGGAAUUCAAGAAUGGCGCCACCAAUGAAACCUGAAUGCAAAUGCACUUUUGUCUCUGAACCCCCGAUGCUUGCUGGCGCUUGGGAAGGUACGGCGAUACUAACACAUGGUACUUUGAUACGUUUCGGUUGCUUGUCGUUUGUAUUCUCAAUACCUGAAGUGGGCAUAAGUAACAUGCAAGGUUAAGGGAUCGGGUCUCUGGAGCAACAAAUGAAUUUGGUUAGCUGCAAUAAGUUUUAAUUUUGCAAAUGAAUAUUCAUAAGUAAUUUUAGUAUAUUGCUUUCGAUACGAAACAAUCUUAUUGUAACAUAACAAAGAGAAUAUUCUCGCAGUUUCGGAAAACAGUCAGCAAACCAAUUGAUAUUCAUAUAAUAUUUGCACAAACUAUUUGUGAUGCUCAAUUAAAGCUUAAUCGUUUGUUUUUUUUUUAUCUAUUUAUCUCUAGUAUGAAAUAUAUUAUUUUAAUCAAAAUAAUACUCUAGUACAUACAACUUCUGUGGUUUGUGUGACAUUUUCACAUUACGUAGAUGCACUACAGCGUUUACAAAGUUAUAAAACAUAUUUUAUGAACUAGACGUUAAAUAAAGCUUAGAGAAUAAAGUUAUUGAAUUGAGGUUAUUUAAAAUCGAAGGAA